GCUGCGAGCUGAGGGAGAGGAGGAGGUGGCGGCGGCGCUGUGCAUGCUGGGCUCGGAUCAUGGUGGGGCUCGGCAAUAGGAAGCCAGGCAGGAAGGACUUGAAGUAGCGUGCGGCGGCGGCGAGCCCCGCACAAGAGCCCAGAGGGCUGCCGUGGUUGCUCUUGCUGUGUGUGGUGCGCGCCCGGGCUUGGAGCCGGGGCCAACGAGGAGGCAAAGUCCCGUCGGCGGAGGCGGGACGCGGCUGGAAGGGGAGGCGGAACUGGGGGAAGGGGGUCAUUUGGAACCGCUCUCUGCGCCCCCCCCCCCCGACCGCGUCCCCAGUGGCUGGUUCUCGCCUCCCCCCUUUGCGGAUCUGACUGAGGAAGGAGAAGGAGGAGAGGGGCAGGGGAUUCCCCCCGCCGCCGCCGCCCCCCGCGCGCGCUCUUUGCCAAAGGCAGCCUCGGUUCUUUUUGUUGUUGGUUUGUUUGGAAGCGGCUGAGCAGCCAAAGGGGAGCAGAAGAGCUGGGCGCCGUCAGCAGAAGCAGUCGCCGCUGCCGCCGCCGCCUCCCCCUCGCUGGGAGAUGGUGACAUAUGAAGCGCGCUGGAAGGACCAUGGUUGAGAGGAACAGCAAGUUCCUGCUGAUCGUGGCGGGCUCGGUGUGCUUCAUGCUCAUCCUGUACCAGUAUGUGGGGCCGGGGCUGAGCCUGGGCUCGCCCAGCGUGCGCUCGUACCAGGACGAGCUCGACCUCUUCCCCACGCCGGACCCGCACUACGUGAAGAAGUACUACUUCCCCGUGCGCGAGCUGGAGCGCCAGCUGGCCUUCGACAUGAAGGGCGACGACGUGAUCGUCUUCCUGCACAUCCAGAAGACGGGCGGCACCACCUUCGGCCGCCACCUGGUGCAGAACGUGCGCCUCGAGGUGCCCUGCGACUGCCGGCCGGGCCAGAAGAAGUGCACCUGCUACCGGCCCAACCGCAGGGAGACCUGGCUCUUCUCGCGCUUCUCCACCGGCUGGAGCUGCGGGCUGCACGCCGAUUGGACCGAGCUCACCAACUGCGUGCCCGGCGUGCUGGACAAGCGAGAGACCGCCGCCGCCAAACCGCCCAGGAAGUUUUAUUACAUCACUCUGUUGAGAGAUCCUGUAUCCCGGUACCUCAGCGAAUGGAGGCACGUCCAACGAGGAGCCACCUGGAAAACAUCCUUGCACAUGUGUGAUGGCCGGACACCAACCCCUGAAGAGCUGCCAUCGUGCUACGAAGGCACAGACUGGUCAGGCUGUACUCUUCAGGAGUUUAUGGAUUGCCCCUAUAACUUAGCCAACAAUCGCCAAGUGAGAAUGUUGGCUGACCUGAGCCUGGUGGGCUGCUAUAAUAUGUCCUUCAUACCAGAGAAUAAACGAGCACAGAUACUGCUGGAGAGUGCCAAGAAGAAUCUCAGAGACAUGGCCUUUUUUGGCUUGACAGAGUUCCAGAGGAAAACGCAGUACUUGUUUGAGAGAACUUUCAAUCUGAAAUUCAUCAGGCCGUUCAUGCAGUACAACAGCACACGGGCAGGUGGAGUGGAAGUGGACAACAACACCAUACGGAGGAUCGAAGAACUUAAUGACUUGGACAUGCAGCUGUACGACUAUGCAAAAGACCUCUUCCAACAGCGCUACCAGUACAAGCGGCAGCUGGAGAGGAUGGAGCAGAGGAUAAAGAAUCGGGAAGAGAGGCUUCUUCACCGAUCUAAUGAGGCCCUUCCCAGGGAAGAGACCGAAGAGCAAGGACGGUUGCCUACAGAGGACUACAUGAGCCAUAUUAUAGAGAAGUGGUAGCCUUGGCAGAAUUUUAUACUGAGAACAGGAUGUUAGGGUUUCCAUAAGAAAAAAACAUGGAAUUAAAAAAAACUAUUAUUUAAAAACAGUCUGUAAAACAGAAGGUAGAAUGCUUCUUUAAACAAAGGGUCUUUUUACUGUUUCUUAUAAGACCACUGAGGUUCUUAAUAAAAAAUUAAUAAAAAACAAAAUAAAAAUAAAAAUAAAGAGUCAAUCCUAGAGAGCUCAAAGUUUAAAAUGCACAAGUGUAGGCCCCCUCAGCUCUGAGGCCAAAUGCAGUGUAAUGUUUCAUAUCCUCCCAGAUGCAAAUCUAGAGGUCAUGGAUAGUAGCUUUGUAACCACUCUUCUGCCUCAGCAAUGACAAUUUGAUCUUCAGAUGUAUCUAUGUUUUCUCCUUUGCUCAUGUGAGGUUUUCAAUUAUAAAAGUCACACUAAUGGCAGUGAAGCUGCCAGACAAUGACUUCACCUCAUAUUCAGCUGUUUGACUUCAAAUGGAAACCAUGGUCAAAAAGAACAGAAUAUAAUCAAAAGAGCCCAACGAAAAGGAAAUGCAGAGAACAAGAAACAUUCAAGCAGACUAUGGCCUGGACUACAUAUCAAGCACAGAAGUUUGGAUACAUGGCACUGGUGUCUUGCAUGCAUACACACUCACACACACACACACACACACUCUGUACUGCCAAAACAACUGGUGAAUGUGUGCACAAUGAUUCUUAGCCUUUGCCUCAUAGCCAGUUGUCCGAAAGUUAACUCCUACAUAAAAUCAAACAUAGGUGAUCUGAUCAAAUAUUCACAUAAAAAUCUUUGCCUAGAGAUAAAUUGGGUUUUCAGCAAUCCUUCAUAUUUAAAACAAGGUGGUCUAGUGAGGCUAUGAUAUCACAUACUAACAUUUUAGGUUGGUUGGAUUCCUGCUCAUGCUUGCUUAUGCUCAAAAAUAUCCUUUUGUGUUGGGUGAGGCGCAUUUAUUGAAUUAGAAACAAAUAUAAAACAUUGAAAAUGCUCAUUGUUUGGCUUAACAGAUUGUCCUCAACAGCAGUGAGUGCUAUACCUUAAAAGUUACAAGCUCUUAAGUUCCAGGUAGGAGCAUUCAAGUGCGCACUUCAUUUCCCUCAAUUUAAAUCGGUUUUAGUCACAACUAACUUUUGCUGCAUUGCAAUUCUGCCUUGUCCUUUUAUUUUUGGAACAAAGCAAUAGCGUUUGGAAGACUGGAAAUCUUGGCUGAUUCUCCGCUUUAGGCUCUGAAUUUGCCAACCUUUAAUAACCGCAAUAUUCAUUUAAAAAAAACAACCACCCAAACACUAUAUAAGCUUUAGUUUGGAGGUUCAAUUAUCAUUUGAUCUCCCUCAUCCAAAGCACCUGUUUUUCUUUCUUUUCUAAACACUUCUGUGAGUUGGCCUGAAAGAAAGAAACAAAGCAAAAGCAAAUUGUGUUUGCCACUUUCUUUACUUAUUGUUACCUACCCCCUGGGAUGAGAAUGACUAGGUUGUAGACAAAGUCUGAAUAAGCUAGCAGCCAGCAUGAUUCCCAAAGGAUGGGCUCACUGUAAAUCAUAGAGAGCUGAAAAUAUAGAAUAAAAAGCUAGUAUAUUUAGUCCAGUGUGUCUUUCAACACAAAGAAGCACCGAGGUUUCCAAUGGUUUGUAAUUGAUUUCUCCUUUCCUAGCCAACUCUUGUCUCUACACAGUUGCCAAACUUUGGAAUUCAAACUCAGGGGUUUUUUUUUGGGGGGGGGGGCUUUCCAGAAGGAGGUAGCCAUGUCUCUUAAUCAAAUGUCUCGCUAACUUAAACACACAAAGCUCGCUAUUUAUACCUGUUCUCAAUCAGUGAAUUAUUUUGAAUGAUAUAAAAAGGAAGCCCCAGUAAAAUGAAGCCCCACAUGGGCUGAUUGAAAAAACUGUCCAUUUGGUUUCAGUGUUGAUCUGAUCAGCCCAAAUACGCAAGUGCUCCUAAUGACAUACAUACGAAAAGAUGCACAAAUCCAUUGUCAGUUAGUGCUAGUCCUGAUCUUUGUAUGUGCCUGUCAAGUGCUCCUGUGAAGAAGGUCUUCCUGUUCUUUGGUAUGCACAGCUGGCCAUAAAUAUACACUUGAGGUUUAGACAAGGGAAACUCUCGUAUCCUGGGUUCGUUUUAACAUUAUUUUAGGUCGGGGGAGGAAUACAUGUUAAAAACCCUAAAUCUGGGAAUUAAUGGCAGUUUGCUAAUUCCCAGGACACCUGUGUAUGUCUGUAACUAAAGAUAUCCUUUUUUUAAAAAAACAACAACUAUUUAACAUUUUCUUUACCAACAAAAGAUAUAUGAGAUAUAAGCUGCUGUUCUAUAUGCAGAACAUGUAGCUUUACCCAAAGGUUUUCCACUGUGCAUUCAUAGUUAUGGAUCUAUAAUAUAAAAAUGGUUGCAGUCACUGAUCCAUACUCAUCGUGUGAAUAUUAGAGAUCCUGCUGUAUUAUACUUUGUACUAUUGGUAGCAAGUUCCAAGAGUCAAAAUAUGCUUCCACAUAUUGUGUGGUCAAAGAUGAAAACUAAAUAUUUAUUCUUUCUGUCUAACUUUGAUUUCCAUAAAAACUUGAAUAAACCUUAA